AUGGCAGAGGGAGGUGUGACCGAUCUAGUCUUGGAUGAGACUCAGAAGGAACUUCAGGAAUGUCCUAUCUGUUACACUGAGUACAAGGAUCCUAGGAUGCUAGACUGCUCACACAGCUUCUGCCUGAAAUGUCUGCAAGAACUCAAACUGACACAAAAUAAGGAUGACAAAAGCAUUGUCUGUCCGUUGUGUCGAAAGGAAACUGUUCUGACUGAAGCUGGCGUGGACAUGCUACCUGGAGGAUCAAAGGAUGUCAAUCAACAGGAGCAGACUGAAGGUCAGGGGUUAAAAGUCACGUGUCAGGCAUGCAAUGAGGAGAAUGAAGCCAUUUCUCGAUGCAUGGAUUGCAAGCAUUAUCUCUGUCAAGAAUGCCUGAUGGCACACAAUCGAAUGGCAGUAAUGAUGAAGGAUCACAAGAUUGUAGCUUUGACAGAGCUACAUGUUGAGUCCCAAGAAAUAACUGAGGACACUGAACUCAAGAAAGUUCCCAAGUGUCGCGAGCAUCCAGAUCAAGAUCUCUGUCUGUAUUGUAACACAUGUGACAUCCUCAUAUGCAAUGAAUGCACAACCUUUGACCACAAAGAAUUUAUGCAUUCUUAUGAAGGUAUCGACGAGGCAUUCAAUAAAUGUAAACAAGAAAUUCUGGGUCAAGUGAAUGAAGUGAUGACUACAGCAACAUGCUAUGAGAUCCUGGAGUCCAAGAAGAAAAUGCUGCGGGAUUUGAAUGAGCAGGUGGAGGUGCAUAAGAGUUUGGAUAUUAAGCAUGGGAAGUCAUUCCUUGGCUUUAAGGAGAGUGAAGAGGAUGGUCAGCUUGGGACUCUGCUCUUGGAGGAGAAAUGGGAGAGAGACGAGACCUUUUCAGAACAUGUGCACGGUAGAGACUAUCUACAUACAGCAGCAUACUCCACAAGUGAAAUUGCUGUGGUAUGCAGUGAUAAACUGCUAACGUUGGAUACAACAGGGAAGGUGAUUUCUACAAAGACCUACAAACCUGAUAAACCGAACGAACGCCAUGACCCUAAUGACAUACAGAAUCCAGCAGCUCUAGCCAUCAACAAGGAUGAUCAACUUCUGAUCCUAGACAAUCCUGCAGUCAAGAUCUUUAACAAGGAAUGCCAGCUCCUUCAUCAGUUCCUACCGGGUAAAGGGGCUGGCGUGGACGGCAUGCCGACGUGCCUGGCAGUGGACAGCAACAAUCUGAUAGCAGGCACGGUGUAUCAGAUCAAGUGUGCAGGUGGGAUGCAGUCUGUGUGA